CAUGUACUUACAGUUAUGGCUCUCUACAAGGUGAUCUUUGUGGUGGCUCUGCUGACUCUCCUGACACACGAGUCUCACUCACAACUAAAUGUGUGCGGUAUAAGUCCGCUCAACACCAGGAUUGUUGGAGGACAGAAGGCCCCUCCAGGUAACUGGCCCUGGCAAGCCAGCCUGCAAACAUCUGGGAGACACUUCUGUGGAGGAUCCCUCAUUAACAGUCAAUGGGUGCUGACUGCUGCUCACUGCUUCUCAAGCAUCCCAGCCAGACUGACUGUGUCUCUGGGUCUCCAGAGUCUACAGGGAUCCAACCCCAAUGGGGUGUCUCGGACGGUAACAAAGGUCAUCAAACAUCCUAAGUAUAACUCCAGAACUAAUGACAACGACAUCUGCCUCCUGCAGCUCUCCCUACCGGUGACUUUCACAAAAUUCAUUGUUCCUGUCUGCCUGGCAGCUCCAGGCAGCACCUUCUUCAGCGGCGUUAGCUCCUGGGUGACCGGCUGGGGCACCAUUGCAUCCGGAGUUCCCCUUCCUCCCCCAGGAAACCUAAUGGAGGUGAAUGUGCCAAUCGUGGGGAACAGACAGUGUAACUGUAACUAUGGUGUGGGCUCAAUCACAAACAACAUGAUCUGCGCCGGGUUACGUGCUGGAGGGAAGGACUCCUGUCAGGGGGAUUCAGGUGGUCCGCUGGUGAGCAAGCAGGGCAACCGCUGGAUCCUGGGGGGAAUCGUAAGUUUUGGAAAUGGUUGUUCCCAGUCUAUUUUCCCAGGAGUCUACACCAGAGUGUCCCAAUAUCAGUCCUGGAUCAACAGCGAGAUCACCAGCAGCCAGCCGGGCUUUGUCACCUUCACGUCCACUGGAGCUAACAUUGACCUCAUCAUCGGCUGUCUACCCACUCUCCCUCCAACCACUACAACCACCCUCCCUCCAACCACUCUCCCUCCAACCACUACAACCACCCUCCCUCCAACCACUCUCCCUCCAACCACUACAACCACCCUCCCUCCAACCACUCUCCCUCCAACCACUACAACCACCCUCCCUCCAACCACUCUCCCUCCAACCACUACAACCACCCUCCCUCCAACCACUCUCCCUCCAACCACUACAACCACCCUCCCUCCAACCACCCUCCCUACAAACACUACAACCACCCUCCCUCCAUCCACUCUCCCUCCAACCACUACAACCACCCUCCCUACAAACACUACAACCACCCUCCCUCCAACCACUACAACCACCCUCCCUCCAACCACUACAACCACUCUCCCUCCAACCACUACAACCACCCUCCCUCCAACCACUCUCCCUCCAACCACUACAACCACCCUCCCUCCAACCACCCUCCCUACAACCACCCUCCCUCCAUCCACUCUCCCUCCAACCACUACAACCACUCUCCCUCCAACCACUACAACCACCCUCCCUCCAACCACUCUCCCUCCAACCACCCUCCCUACAAACACUACAACCACCCUCCCUCCACCCACCCUCCCUCCAACCACUACAACCACUCUCCCUCCAACCACUACAACCACCCUCCCUCCAACCACUCUCCCUCCAACCACUACAACCACCCUCCCUCCAACCACUCUCCCUCCAACCACCCUCCCUACAAACACUACAACCACCCUCCCUCCACCCACCCUCCCUCCAACCACUACAACCACUCUCCCUCCAACCACUACAACCACCCUCCCUCCAACCACUCUCCCUCCAACCACUACAACCACCCUCCCUCCAACCACUCUCCCUCCAACCACUACAACCACCCUCCCUCCAACCACUCUCCCUCCAACCACUACAACCACCCUCCCUCCAACCACCCUCCCUACAAACACUACAACCACCCUCCCUCCAUCCACUCUCCCUCCAACCACUACAACCACCCUCCCUACAAACACUACAACCACCCUCCCUCCAACCACUACAACCACCCUCCCUCCAACCACUACAACCACUCUCCCUCCAACCACUACAACCACCCUCCCUCCAACCACUCUCCCUCCAACCACUACAACCACCCUCCCUCCAACCACCCUCCCUACAAACACUACAACCACCCUCCCUCCAUCCACUCUCCCUCCAACCACUACAACCACCCUCCCUCCAACCACUACAACCACCCUCCCUACAAACACUACAACCACCCUCCCUCCAUCCACUCUCCCUCCAACCACUACAACCACCCUCCCUCCAACCAUUACAACCACCCUCCCUACAAACACUACAACCACCCUCCCUCCAUCCACUCUCCCUCCAACCACUACAACCACCCUCCCUCCAACCACUCUCCCUCCAACCACUACAACCACCCUCCCUCCAUCCACUCUCCCUCCAACCACUACAACCACCCUCCCUCCAACCAUUACAACCACCCUCCCUACAAACACUACAACCACCCUCCCUCCAACCACUACAACCACCCUCCCUCCAACCACUCUCCCUUCAAACACUACAACCACCCUCCCUCCAACCACUACAACCACCCUCCCUACAAACACUACAACCACCCUCCCUCCAUCCACUCUCCCUCCAACCACUACAACCACCCUCCCUCCAACCAUUACAACCACCCUCCCUACAAACACUACAACCACCCUCCCUCCAACCACUCUCCCUCCAACCACUACAACCACCCUCCCUCCAUCCACUCUCCCUCCAACCACUACAACCACCCUCCCUCCAACCACUACAACCACCCUCCCUCCAACCACUACAACCACCCUCCCUACAAACACUACAACCACCCUCCCUCCAUCCACUCUCCCUCCAACCACUACAACCACCCUCCCUCCAACCACUACAACCACCCUCCCUACAAACACUACAACCACCCUCCCUCCAUCCACUCUCCCUCCAACCACUACAACCACUCUCCCUCCAACCACUACAACCACCCUCCCUCCAACCACUACAACCACCCUCCCUCCAACCACUACAACCACUCUUCCUCCAACCACUACAACCACCCUCCCUCCAACCACUACAACCACUACUGCCAAACUGUGCGGUAUAAGUCCGCUCAACACCAGGAUUGUUGGAGGACAGAACGCCCCUCCAGGUAACUGGCCCUGGCAAGCCAGCCUGCAAACAUCUGGGAGCCACUUCUGUGGAGGAUCCCUCAUUAACAGUCAAUGGGUGGUGACUGCUGCUCACUGCUUCUCAAGCAUCCCAGCCAGUCUGACUGUGUCUCUGGGUCUCCAGAGUCUACAGGGAUCCAACCCCAAUGGGGUGUCUCGGACGGUAACAAAUAUCAUCAAACAUCCUAACUAUAACUCCAAAACUAAUGACAACGACAUCUGCCUCCUGCAGCUCUCCUCACCGGUGACUUUCACAAACUUCAUUGUUCCUGUCUGCCUGGCAGCUCCAGGCAGCACCUUCUUCAGCGGCGUUAGCUCCUGGGUGACUGGCUGGGGCGCCAUUGCAUCCGGAGUUUCCCUUCCUCCCCCAGGAAACCUAAUGGAGGUGAAUGUGCCUAUCGUGGGGAACAGAGAGUGUAACUGUAACUAUGGUGUGGGCUCAAUCACAAACAACAUGAUCUGCGCCGGGUUACGUGCUGGAGGGAAGGACUCCUGUCAGGGGGAUUCAGGUGGUCCGCUGGUGAGCAAGCAGGGCAACCGCUGGAUCCUGGGGGGAAUCGUAAGUUUUGGAAAUGGUUGUGCCCAGCCUAAUUUCCCAGGAGUCUACACCAGAAUGUCCCAAUAUCAGUCCUGGAUCAACAACCAGAUCACCAGCAGCCAGCCGGGCUUUGUCACCUUCACGUCCACUGGAACUGACAGUGACCUCAGCAUCAGCUGUGCUGGCCUGCCACUGCCUCCAACCACCCUCCCUCCAACCACUACAACCACCCUCCCUCCAACCACUACAACCACUACUGCCAAACGUGAGUUUCUGUCAUGUCCAGACUUUAACCUGAAAUUUCCACUUAAAAUGAGAUGUUUUCAUAUUUACAGUAAUGUAGUAGUAAAAUCUUACUUAAGAUAUGUAAGUAUUACCAGCAAAAUGAACCUUAAGUACUUAAAGUAA